UCAAGUUGGGAAUCGGUCUCCACUCACUCCCGACUCGGGUGUCGGAGUAUUUUUUUUCUUUCUUUCUUUCUUUGUUUUCGUGGACUCCCAAUCCCCACGUCGCGAUUCGGGAGCUGAGAAUGAUGAAUGAUUCCGAAUGCGUUUGGAAGCAUUCACCCAUUCGUCAUUCCCUACUCCCGGCCGCGUGGGCCUCACUUUCUGUCCCAGCGAGUACCUGGCCAUCUUUAAGAAGACGGUGGCUAUGCACGAGGUCUUCCUGUGUCGCGUGGCGGCGCAUCCCAUCCUGAGGAAGGACCUCAACUUCCACGUCUUCCUGGAGUACAACCAGGAUCUGAGCGUGCGAGGGAAGAACAAGAAGGAGAAGUUGGAGGACUUCUUCAAGAAUGUCGUGAAGUCGGCGGACGGCGUCCUGGUGGCGGGCGUCAAGGACGUGGACGACUUCUUCGAGCACGAGAAGACUUUUUUGUUAGAGUAUCACAACAGAGUCAAAGACGCCUCGGCCAAAUCCGACAGGAUGAUCCGCUCCCACAAGAGUAAGACGGCAAUUGCAUCACGCGCGGGGGCGGGGAGAGAGCGCAAAGGUCAGGAAGUGCAUCGGGCAUGCGGACAGAGUC